AUGACUGAGAUUCUUACGGCAAAACAUGAGCUUAAACAAUAUUUCAAGGUGAAAUAUUUAGGUGCACUUAGGUACUUCUUAGGCAUAGAAUUUGCCAGAUCCAAGGAAGGCAUAAUCAUGUCUCAAAGGAAGUAUGCACUUGGCUUGAUUUCUGAAUUAGGAUUGGCUGGUUCCAAACCAAAGAAUGCUCCUUUGGAGCAACAUGUCAAGUUAAAAAUCAAAGAGUAUGAUGAGAGCAAGGAAGAUGCCGAUACUGCAAACAGGAACAAUGCUGAUGCUGAUACAAAAGGCAAGCAAGUUGAACAAAUAGAUGAUCCACUUAUGGAAGACAGGGGGAGAUACCAGAAACUGAUAGGGAAGCUCUUGUACCUAACCAUGACAAGGCCAGAUAUCUCCUAUGCAGUUCAAUGCUUGAGUCAGUUCAUGACAGCACCAAAGAAUUCACACUAUGAAGCAGCAAUAAAUGUAGUAAAGUACAUCAAGAAACAGCCUUGGUUAGGAUUGUUCAUGUCCAAUUCUGGUGAUGCUAUGGUCUCUGCAUAUUGUGACAGUGACUGGGCAGCUUGUCCAAUGUCAAGGAGAUCAGUUACAGGUUAUUGUAUCAGGAUAGGUUCAUCAUUGGUGUCAUGGAAAUCUAAGAAGCAAAGCACAGUAUCUAGAAGCUCAGCUGAAGCUGAGUACAGAGCAAUGGCUUACACAGUAUCUGAACUUGUUGGAUUGCAGGAUUACUCAGAGAAUUAA